AUGACUCGAUUAAGCGUUGUUUUGAUUAUCGUUAUUUUUGCUUUCAUCUUCCUACCAACGUCUCUUGAAGCUAGAAAGCUUUUGAAUUUAGAGAAGAAAGAAGUUCCUUCAUCCGAGGAUAAUUUUGUUGGAAGCACCUUCGUCAGGGAGCCUACGAAAAUACUUCCUGCUAGUGAUCAUAAAGGGCAUGCUAUGGCUAAUAAAGAAAAGCUCUUUGCCAUUCAUCUCGCCAAAAUUGAUCAAGUCUUACAGUCUGUCCCAAGUCCUGGAGCAGGCCACCACUAA